UUAGGGUCUUCUAGACGACCUAUGACCUUCCAAAAUGGCUACCACGGGUUGUUGUUCUUCUGAUCGAAGAUGACAAGCAGAAGAAAACUGGCGCGCCGGGCGCCCGUCUGCUCGCUUACGGCCAUCCUCUGGGUUGCAUUCGGCCUCUCACUGACGUCCGUCAUUGUGACCGUCCUGUAUCUACCCACGCUAAGAUCUCAGCCUGCAGCACGAGAGAAGCAUCCUGCAGAUCCGGAGGCUGUGGAGGACUGGGAUGGAAACGUGCUGCUGGACCAGAUGACUGACCAGACCCACAUCAGUGUGGAUGGCUGGUGGGUCCCACAUGUCCGCUGGGAGGAGGAGGUCAGCUGCACCGUGGGGGGACGCAGCUUGUGCCAAAAGGUUCUGAGUGUGAUGUGUAAGGCAGACAGUGUACGGGCAGUCUACCAGUAUCUACCAAUCAGGCCUGAUACAGACAUCAAGACUAUCUACUUCUCAGCUCGCAGUGCAGCUGUAGAUCUACAAUCUGUGGACUCGGUCCAUGAUGCUGAUUACAGUGCAAUAGCUAUGGUGAAGUUUGAUGAUGGAAGUCAUCAGACCCUGAGGUUAGAUUUUCCCAGUGGAAGUCAUCCUUUUAUUGCAGCUGAAAAUGAUAUGGGCAUACCAAAUAAUCGUCAGGUUGUGAGCGUGCUGGUCAUGCUGUUCUGUCACGGCUACAUGGGGCUGGUCAAGUUCACUGACAUCAUUCUCAAGCCUGUCAUAGCAGGAGGGAGGAUUGCUACAGAGCGAGAGGACGUUGUUUCCUCCUGUCCACCAGCCGCUCUGUCCCCCGUGUCAACCACCAAACCUACCUUCCACUACGAGCACAUCUUCAAUGCAACAUUCAGUCAGUACAAAGAAGACACAGUGACCCUGGUGACCCAGGUGUCCAUGGACCGGAUAACCAUGUUAGACCGGAUCAUCAGACACUGGGAUGGGCCCAUGGCAGUGGCUCUGUAUGUACCAACAACCUCAGAGAAACCUGACACUAAUCACGACUGGAAAAGAUACUACAUCAACAAGAAGUUGAGACAUCCCAAGUUUCGAACCUUUUGUAGUGUUCUGGCUGUGUAUGCAAAUGUGGUUAACGAUGAGUAUCCCAUCAACUAUCUCAGAAAUCUGGCUCUACAAAUGGUGAAAAGUAAAUAUGUCUUCCUCCUGGAUGCUGACUUCAUUCCUUCUCCCAACUUCCAAGAAAAUUUUAGGUUACUGAUAACAGACGAGUCAGACCCAACAGACAGAAAUGCCUACGUGGUUCCUGCCUUCGAGUUCUUAGAGGAACAAGAGGACCAACCUCCCCCUCAGGACAAAGAGGCUCUCAAACAACAGAUCUUUGCUGACGAUGCCAACAUUUUGCCCUUCAGAUCUGUUGAGUCUCCUGAGUCCCACCGCCCCACAGACUAUCAGCGCUGGUAUGCAGAAGAACAGGUGUACCCUGUCUCUACCUACCAGGACAAAUUUGAACCUUACCUGGUUCUCAGGAUGUCCUCCAGUCUUCCACUGUACGAUGAGCGGUUCUCAGGUUACGGCAUGAACAAAGUCACCCACACUAUGGAGCUGUUAGCUGCAGGUUACCAGUUCCUUGUGCUUCCCAAUGUGUGGGCCAUCCAUGUACCUCACCGGUCAACGUCUUCCAACAUACAGUUUCUUCAGAAACCCCUUCAGCGUCUCCACAACAGGGCAACCAGGUUUGAGUUUGUUGCUGACAUCAUGAGAAAAUACAAGGUUGGCCCAUGCAGUACCAAACCCAAAAGAUAGAAGGAGUGCAUGUGCUGUCAUCAGCAUCCAAUACUUUUAUCUCUCAUCUAUGUAUAUAGAAAACUUAAUUUAUUGAUAUUUGGCCUUGAUAUUUAGGACUUGUUGGAGAUAACCUAAGCUGAAAGAUGUGAUAACAUAUUUCAAUGUUAACUGAUCAUCAAUACAAAAUGUAUGAUGGACGUACAAUGUACACUAGGAAAGCAGCAUGUUGAUAAUCCUGUCUUGGUGUUGUGCCAGCCAGUAUAAGAUACCAUUUGCUUUAGGAGAAGAAAGGAUUUCUGUAGUUUGGUUGAAAGGUUACUAUGUAACUCUUAUGAUGAAAACUGGUUGCAAGAAUAAGUCAGUAAGUAAGAUUUAAUCUCAAUGAUUAGGUCAUUCAAAUUUUGAUGUUGCAAGUAUGAUUUGAUGAGUUUUAAAUUUCAUCUAUUUUCCUAUGACGUACUUUAGUAUACUUUUAUUUUUGUAUCUAAUAUACCUCACUUUACCAGUGAAUAGAAGAAGUAAGUUUUAAGCUUAGGUAACAAUUUCUACUUUUACUAAUAUAAUAUUCUAUUUCUCUGUAGCAGUGUAAAGGUGAUAAACUCAGCAUUAGUAACAAUUAUAGUCUUUGAAACCAUUAGAUGAAUUCAAAGCAAUAUUAUAGAUCCAAGAUUGCCUUACGUGUAAAGCAAUCAAAGCUGAGUUUUGAAAUGUAAUUAAUGUCACUAAUAUCGGAAGUGCUUGUCCACCAGAGCUGUGUAUAGCUACAUGUAGAGACGAUCCAGGGUUCCUUAUUCAGAAUAGAUAUAUUAGAUGAUACUGAACUGUCCUUCCUUGCUUCUGUGAGUUAUAGUAGCAGAUAAACACUGGCCAGGACGUGGUCUUUACAAGUGUAUUCUUUAUACAGAGGUGAUUACUGGUACAGGUUUGUCAUGUAACAUGUACUAAAC